UUAUUGGGCGGAAAAAUUAGCCAAUCAAUACUUAGAAGCACGGUGUUUACACUAGCCAAUCAUAGCGCGAGAGAGGCGGGACUUGUCGGAACACGGCACCGGAUAUCCUUCAGCUUUGCAUUGUGGGAUUGAUUCUGAAGAUCGCUAUAACAACCGUGGGGGGAAUAUUUAAUAUUAUAUAAAAAAAAAUAAUGAAUUAAAUGCUGCUUCUGGGGCGUUUAUGCAAUAUAACUUCAUAAUGCCUCCGUUUAUAAUCAAUUUAGUCCUGUAGCCAAGUUUCCAAUGUGAGGUGAUUUGUUUUGGUUGCGGGAAUUCAACAUUAAUAAGGAACGCGUUAAGAUAGUGGAAACGCUUUUCAUACAUUUUUUUUUAAAUAUAUACGUGUAGUUAUAAUUCCGUAUAUUUGGUUAGCUAGCUAUAAGUCUUAUACUUUUUCCGUCUUGAUAGUGCUUUUUUUCAUUUGUAAAAAAAAAUAUAUAUAAACUAGUCCAGUGUCAAGCCAAGACACUGGGGGAAAUCAAAGCCCUGCUCCUUCACGGCACCGAUUCGGCUUCCGUCUCUUUAAACUCUGUCCUGUAGCGCGCUGGGUAAGUUCCCGUGAAAUCAAAAGUGAGUUCAAAGGUAAAGAAUGGCUUCCUCGUCCGGAAACGACGACGACCUCACCAUCCCGAGAGCAGCCAUCAACAAGAUGAUUAAAGAAACGCUUCCCAACGUGCGGGUGGCCAACGACGCCCGGGAGCUGGUGGUCAACUGCUGCACUGAGUUCAUCCACCUGGUCUCCUCCGAGGCCAAUGAGAUCUGCAACAAGUCCGAGAAGAAGACCAUCUCCCCGGAGCAUGUCAUCAACGCACUUGAAAGUCUCGGUUUUGGAUCCUACAUAACGGAAGUGAAGGACGUUUUGCAGGAAUGUAAGACAGUCGCGCUUAAGCGGAGAAAGGCGAGCUCACGUCUGGAAAAUCUCGGCAUCCCAGAAGAGGAGCUUCUCCGCCAGCAGCAGGAGUUAUUCGCUAAGGCGCGGCAGCAGCAGGCUGAGCUCGCCCAGCAGGAGUGGCUGCAGAUGCAACAGGCGGCACAGCAGGCUCAGUUAGCAGCAGCAGCAGCUUCAGCCACCGCAGCUCAACACGCCCGAUCCUCCCAGGAAGAUGAUGAAGAGGAUGACAUGUGAUAUCUCUUUCUCUCUCUCUCUCUCUCUCUCUUUCUUUCUCUUGCUCUCUCUCUCUGUCCCUCUCUCUCGCUCGCUUUCUCUCUCACUUGCAGUAUCCGUUUAUAUUGACUUUUUAGAAAACGCCAUCGCCAGAUGGUUGUUUUAUUUGGCCCAUCCCUUAUGUCAAGUUAACGUUAGACUUUUUCCCUCCUUUUAUUUUUCUGUGACAUAAAUUCCUGCUUUUCUUUCAGACAGUUGAAAUAUUUUAAGGCGCCCUAUUGUAUGUGCAUCAUUGUUUUUGGUCUUUGAGUCGUAUGAUAUAUCGGUGGCAGAAGACGCAUUACGUUGAAUUGUUCUCGGUUUGGUGCAGGAAUGAGUGUUUAACCUCAAAUGCCUCCUAUUUUAGGUGUCCUGUAGAUUUCUUACUUUUUUGUUUUUGUAAAAUAGUUAUGAGUUAAAAUAUUUCUUGGUUUGUUUUUUUUUCUUCCCCUUGAGAAUUGAUUUUUACAGCAGUGGUUCCUUCCCUGUCUCGCCCCUGUGUUACACAGAGAGCUGAUCUGGGUUGUAAAGUAGGACGUUUCUUUUUGUUUCGUUUUAGUUUAGUUUGGAAAGAGUACAGUGUACGUAGGAUGCAGCUUUUGUCUGGCCUGUGUUCAGAACAGUAUUGAAAGGAGAACUACAGAAUAAUAUCUGUCUCUUUAGUACCAAAGAUAGAGAUGAAACUUCAGUCACCAGAUAGUCUUAAGAAACCUCUGGACAGUUUUACACUCUUUACAGGAAGAAACUCUGGUCACUGAUGGCACUGAACUACGCCACCAUCAGUGUCCCUAUAUUGAUAGCAACUAUCAAACUGUAAAAUGUUUUCAUAUGCGAGCAGAAGGUUUUUGUUCCUCUGUAUCUCUCUGGUGCAAUGUGUACAAGUUGCAUUGUGAAUGUGUGGUCAAUUCUUAUCUUGUGACGAUUGGUAAGUUUUAGUUGAGGCACGUGUUCACAUGGCUUUGCAGGAGCUGUAAGCUGUAUUCUCUGAGCAAUAAAAGUCAACAUGUUUUAUAAACUAAGCUCUUAGUGUUUUUUUUUAAAUCAUUUUUUUUUAUUAGUUUGUUCAGAAUGGGGAGAUACGGUGGCGCAGCAGGUAGCAUUGUCGUCUCACAGCUGCAAGGUCCAGGAUUCGAUCCUGAGCUCGAAAUUGUUCCUAGGUGUGAAUGUAUGUGCAUUACGCCCUGCAAUGACGUGCCAUCUCAUCCAGGGUGUAUUCCCAUCUCAUACUCCCAGGUGUUCCCAGGAUAGGCUCUGGAUAUACUGUUACCCUGACAAGGAGAAUGCUGAAUGAAUAAAUUAUUAUCAAAAAACAAAUAUGCUUACAGUUGAAACAUAAAGUUCUUGGUCAAUGUACACUGGGUAGCUCUUUUUUUAGUUUUAUUUUUUAGAUCAUCUACAAAAAUUCAGGUAAUUAUUUGCAGGUAAGUUACUGCAGUAUGUUUCAGAAAAAUUAUAUUCAGGGGCAUUCACAGCCUGGAUGGGAAUUUCAGUUGCAUGAGCUCAGCAACGUUGGCAAGGACUU